AUGACUACCGCACUCAAGAGCAUCCGAUCCCUCGUCCCUCUUCUCGACCGCGUUCUAGUCCAGCGAAUCAAGGCCGAGUCAAGAACAGCUGCUGGUAUCUAUCUCCCCGAGAGCAGCGUCAAGGAGUUGAACGAAGCAAAGGUGUUGGCUGUGGGACCCGGUGGAUUCGACAAGGAGGGAAGGAGAAUGGCAAUGAGCGUCAAGGAGGGGGACAAGGUUUUGAUUCCUCAGUACGGCGGAAGCCCCGUGAAAGUGGGAGACGAGGAAUACCAUUUGUUCCGAGAUCACGAGCUCCUCGCAAAGAUCAACGAAUAA